GUGGCACUCGCGGCGGCGAAUUUCUCGCCAUGGUGAUGCCUGUGCCGCACUCACCUUUGGAGCAGCCAAAACCACAGGCACCGGGUGAAGCCUGGGAGAUCAUCGCAGAAGAGCUUAGGCGGAAGAAGCAGACGGAGAGCUCUCCGGUGCUUGCUCCGGUGCAUACGAGUCGCCUCCAAGAUGACAUCCUACAAAAGGAGCGCUUGGACCACCUGAGACAGCUGCUGCAAGUGGCGUGCCAGGGCCGAGCCCGAGGCGGAGGAGAGGAGGAACCUUCCGCGCCCAAUGAGUUCGAUGUGCUCCUUUGUGGAGGCGGCUCGCGCGACUCGGGGGUCUUGCGCGGCAUGAUGCGACGGCUGGGGGUGGAUUGCCACCCUUCGGAAAACCACACGGAGAUGGAGAUGAGGCGAAGGAUCAAGCAGCUGCAAACUCGACGCAAUGCGGCGUCCGUGUUGAUUGAUGAGUUGGAACAGGAGGUUGUGGGUUUGAACAGCUUGCUGGCCGUGCAGGCACCUGUUGGACCUGUUCGAUGGCCACAAGCUUCGCCG